AUGGAUGUUCGAGAAAAUAAGAGAGAAAGAGAAAAGGCACAAACUAAGGGUACUAGCUCUUUCGGUAAGCGCCAUACCAAGACACACACUUUGUGUCGUCGUUGUGGUAACCGUUCUUUCCACAAGCAAAAGAAGACUUGCGCUCAAUGUGGUUAUCCCGCUGCUAAGACCAGAUCUUACAACUGGUCCGAAAAGGGUAAGCGUAGAAAGACCACUGGUACUGGCCGUAUGAGACACUUGAAGUUGGUUCAACGUCGUUUCAAGAACGGUUUCCGUGAAGGUACUCAAGCCAAGAAGCAAACUUCUGCUUAAAUACAAACGAAUUAGUUUCCUUUUUUUUUAAUCGUCUUUUUUUCCUUCUUUCUUUUAUUUUUAAAGAAAAAAUUGUCAAUAAAAAAAAGGAAUAGAAAAGAUAUUUUGUUAAUAGUU